GAGCAGGAAGGGGCGUGGGCCAAAUGCCGGAAGUGGGUCCGGCGGCCCGGAAGCGGAGGCCGGGAGAAUGGCGGAGGUGGGGGAGGUGUCCGAGGGCUGCCGCCUGCCCGUCCUGCGCCGUAACCAGGACAACGAGGAUGAGUGGCCGCUGGCCGAGAUCCUGAGCGUGAAGGACAUCAGCGGGAGAAAGCUGUUUUACGUCCACUACAUCGACUUCAACAAGCGGCUGGACGAAUGGGUGACCCACGACCGGCUGGACCUGAAGCGGGUGCAGGUGCCGCGGAAGGAGGCCAAGACGCCCACCAAGAACGGGCUGCCCGGCUCCCGGCCCGGCUCCCCUGAGCGUGACCCGAGGAAGAGCCUGGACCUGGCGCUGCCGGCGGCCCCCGCCAGCGGGAAGAGCUUGCCGGGGCCACCGGGGCCACCGGGGCCGGGGACAGGGACGGUGCCGGUGCCGGUUCAGAUCACCCUUCGCUUUCACCUGCCCAAGGAGAGCGAGGCCGAGCCCCCCCCGGCCCCCCCGCCCGGCGGCCAGCGCCCCACGAAGCGGAAGGUGGAGGUGGUGUCACCCGCCACCCCCGUCCCCGCCGCCACCGAGACCUCGCAGGCCUCCGUCUUCCCCCAGAACGGCUCCGCUCGCCGGGCAGUGGCCGCCCAGCCGGGACGCAAGAGGAAAUCGGCCUGUCUGGGCACCGACGAGGACUCCCAAGACUCCUCGGACGGAGCCCCCUCGGCGCCGCGGAUGACGGGCAGCCUGGUGUCGGACCGCAGCCACGACGACAUCGUCACCCGCAUGAAGAACAUCGAGUGCAUCGAGCUGGGGCGGCACCGCCUCAAGCCCUGGUACUUCUCCCCCUACCCCCAGGAGCUGACGGCGCUGCCCGUCCUCUACCUCUGCGAGUUCUGCCUCAAGUACGGCCACAGCCUGCGCUGCCUCCAGCGACACCUGACCAAAUGCGACCUGCGACACCCCCCGGGCAACGAGAUCUAUCGCAAAGGCACCAUCUCCUUCUUCGAGAUCGACGGCCGCAAGAACAAGAGUUAUUCCCAGAACCUUUGCCUCUUGGCCAAGUGUUUCCUGGACCACAAGACGUUGUAUUACGACACCGACCCUUUUCUCUUCUACGUCAUGACGGAGUACGACUGCAAGGGCUUCCACAUCGUCGGCUACUUCUCCAAGGAGAAGGAGUCGACGGAGGAUUACAACGUGGCCUGUAUCCUCACCCUCCCCCCCUACCAGCGUCGGGGCUACGGCAAACUGCUCAUCGAGUUCAGCUACGAGCUCUCCAAGGUGGAGGGGAAGACGGGGACCCCCGAGAAGCCGCUGUCGGACCUGGGGCUCCUCUCGUACCGCAGCUACUGGUCCCAGACCAUCCUGGAGAUCCUCAUGGGGCUGAAGGCCGAGGGCGGGGAGCGGCCCCAGAUCACCAUCAAUGAGAUCAGCGAGAUCACCAGCAUCAAGAAGGAGGACGUCAUCUCCACCCUCCAGUACCUCAACCUCAUCAACUACUACAAGGGCCAGUACAUCCUGACGCUGUCGGAGGACAUCGUGGAGGGCCACGAGCGGGCGAUGCUGAAGCGGGUGCUGCGCAUCGACGCCAAGUGCCUGCACUUCACCCCCAAGGACUGGAGCAAACGGGGCAAGUGGUGAGGCCACGCCCCCCCGGGGCCACACCCACUCAGGCCACGCCCCUUCAUCCCCACCCCACCCCCACCCGGUAAUUAAACAUCUUCACCUGG